AUGGGAAAUUGUGUUUAAGAGAGAAAACCUUAACAUACUCUUUUUGAUGCUCAAGAGUUAAAAAAACUUAAUCAAGUAUUUGAUCAUUAUUGUGAUCUUUAAACUGAUACUCGCAAAAACAGACACCUAUCAUAGUAAAGCUUUGAGGAAAUCUUUGUUGAGAAUGCUGAUCUUGGUAGAAAGUUAUUUCGCUUUCUAGAGGUAUAUGGUUAAAAGGAAAAAUAUAUACACAGAGAUGUGUUGUUUUACAUUUUGGAGGUUCUACUAAAGGAUGCCUCAUCUGUGAACGAAUUGAAAAACUUAAAUAAGGUAGAACUAUUCUCACUAAUCAGCUUAAAAUCAAGCCAAUAUAUUAAGAAUAAAGAAGAAUUACAUUCUUUUAAAAUCACUUAUUUAGAUGCUAUUACAAUAAUAAAUGACAUUCUCAAAAUUAGAUUGUAAGGAGAUAAUUUUUAGAAUAUUGAUGAAAAAGCUAGCAGAGCAUUCCUGGAUUCAAUGUUCAAAUCAGAAAAUGGAAUCAUUGAUUGGUUUGAGUUGAUAAAGCAACUUAGAAUUCGACUUGGUGGAUUAUCAGGAGCCAUCAAAUAAUAUAUGAAAACCAAGUUCUUCUUAUUAGACUCAGCAAUGGUAGUACCCUAAAUGAAUACAACAUCAUAUUUGUUAAACGAAGAUCUAAUAUUUUAAUUGUAGCUUAGUGCCCAUGAGACUAAAUUGAAAGGGGCAAUCAAAUUGGAACUACUAUAUUCCAACCUAGUCCAUAAUGGAGGUUUCAAAUAAAUGAUAAAUAAUAUUAUUUAAUCUGGAUUACCAACACUAAUUUUAAUCUAGCAUGAGGAAAUUUAUGAAGCUCUGCAUGACAAAAGCAAUAUUUAAAAAACUUAUACUUUUGGAGCCGUCUCUAAUCAAAGAUGGUUUGAUACUGCAUAACCUCAAGGUGAUAUUAAAGACUGUAUCUUUUCUUUAUAUCCUUACUUUGUUGUAUAUCAAGCCAAAAAAGAUAGAACUGCCAAAAAGAACUUUUGUUACCUUAACACAAAAGAUAUUUCAAAACCUUAGGGUAUUGGUUUUGGAUUUGAUGAUGAUAAAUUUAGAAUUUGGAUUGACAAAGAUUUGAAUAAAUCUACCUGUUCAUCUGAGGAUCAAAGUUAUGAAAGUGGUGAUCUUGUUCAUAGACAUAUAAAAAAAUUAAAGAUCUCAGUGAUUGAAGUCUGGGGAAUUGUGCCUCCUGCUAUUGAAGAGUAAUUGGAUGAUCCAAAAAUUGCAAAUGCUGAAUAAGAGUUUCAGCAAUUUGAAAUCAAUACAUACGAGGAAGCUGAAAAUCAACCCUUAGAGUCAAAAGCUGAUUAUUAUUGGUCUAACAAAUAAUAAGAAGUGAAGAUGGAAACUACAGGAAGCAAUAGUUUUUACUGGAAUAAUGCAUAAACUGCUAAACCUACUCUUUAAUAUCAUUCAAGUCUUGCAAAAAGUCAACCAAACAUUAACCCAUACUCAAAUUAAAAUCUAUCGUCAGAAGAGUAAAAAAUUGCUGAUUAACUUGUUGGAAAAAAUAUAACUAAUAAUUAUUAGUAAUAAGAAGUGGUUACUCAAACUAUUAUUACAAGAAGAAGCAAUCUAUAAAGGCCAGUUUUAGAUUUUAAAUAUUAAAAAUUAUAUGAACCAGAAAUGAUACCUAAGAAGGAGUUUAUGGAAACCUAAAGCUAAAAGCAUGAAAUCUUUGGAACUAAUAUUAUUGAAUCGUAAUAUCCUAGAUAGACAACAAAUGAAAAAGUAUACUCAUCAGCUUCAAGUUUGAAUUAGUCAAAAGGAAGAAAAACAGCGGACUAAAUUAUUUAAGAUUAUGAAUCAAGAAAAAACAAUAGAAAUUAUUGA